AUGGAUUAAUAUGAAUAUGGAGAAAUCGCAGGUGAAACCCUUACUAAUGAAGAAAUCAAUUAUGAGGAGGAUUUAAUGGGAGAUGAAGAUCAACAAACGCCCAAUAAUCAACAACCAAAAAAAGAAUAGGACAAAAAUCCAAUUUCAAAUUAGAGAGCUCACACACCAAACCCACCUGAGGAGGAGGAGGAAGGUGAAGUCUAUGAGUAUGAAGACUAGAGUGAGGAAUUAGGAGAUGAUAAUAACAACGAAGAAAAUGUAGAAUAAGAAGUAGAUGAGGAAGUCCCAGAUGAUAAUGAUGAUUAAUAUAACGAGGAGGAAAAUGUAGAAGAACAAUAGAAUGAAGAUUAUGAAUAGAAUGAGUAUGAACAAAACAAUGAGGAGUUUGAUAAAGACGAGGAGGCUGAAUUACCUAAAAAUAACCAAUAACACAAAGAAGUUAAAGAUAAUAAGAAUAAUCAAUCCAAUUAACCAGCUCCUAUUAUAGAACCUCCAGUAUAAAAGAAGAGACCGCCUUUGCCCACUUAACCCGUGAAGUAGAAACCCACAUAUUAGGAGAAAUAUGCAGAGUUAAUGGCUCAGUAAGAUUACUCGAAUUGGAAACCAAAACAGUUGCACGAUGAAAAUAAACAACUCAGACAAAAACUUAAAGAAAUCUCUGAUGAAGUAGGCAAACUAGUGGAACAGAAUGCUUAACGUCUGCCUCCACAACCGUAACCACAGCCAUAAUUGAAGAGGUAAAAGACAGCCUAAUCUCAAAUCUCAGGCGGAACUGUUAUUGAUAAGGAGAUUGAAAUAAAUCAAAAAAAAUUAGAGUAACAAGAGGAGGAGAUUAAUAAAUUAAAUAAUAGAUUAUAAUAGAUAUAACAAGUCAAUUACAUGAUUAAGUUAGAAGAUGAGAUUAAGAAGUAUGAGGAAGAUAUGAAGAAGUUGGAGCAAAGAAAAAAGUAAGAGUUUUUGUAACAGAAGCAACGAGGCAAAGAUCUUGAAAAGUAUGAGAAUUAAGACGGCUUUGAUAAAUUGAAUAAGGAGAGGAACAAUCUCAAUCUUGAGAUUGCUAAUUUGAGGAAGAAGAUAAAGGAAUAAUAGGAUUAAUUGUUGAAGUAGAAGGAGAACAUCAGGAACACCUAAGAAGAGGAGCUACCAAAAAUAAAUAAGGAGUUGAAGAUUUUGGAGGAAGAAGCUGAGAAGUAUAAAAUUGAUGUAGGUGCUGAAAAACCCUUCAGUAAAUAGAAGGAUCAAUAUUAUCAGCUUUUGACUCAAAAGGAGAAUUUGUAGAAACAUAAUCUUAUUAUGGAAAAGAAGGAUAAAUAACUGGAUAUUAUAGAGAAGGAAAUCAAAGAAUUGAAAAAGGAAAAAGACUUCAUCGAUUAAGAAAUUAAUACAAAUGAAAUGAUAUUAAUUGAUUAGAGAAGAUUGAAAGAAGAAUUAAGGGUUAAAGUACCAGCUGAUUAGGCUAAAUACCUUCCUGCAACAAUGACAUAAUAAAAUAUUUCGGAAGCCUUAUAAAAUGAAAAGAAAGCAAAGGAAAAUCAACGAAAAUUAUAAAGUGCUAAACCCCCUACUUCUAAACAAUAGUAAGAUUAAAGUAGUCAUAAAGAAUUAAAAAUACCAGUUAAGCAAGAUGAAAAAUAAAAAUAAAUAACAUCAAAGAAUGAAGUGGAAGAGGAGAUUAUAUGUGAAGACGAAACUGAAAUAAAAUAAUAACCAAUAAAAUAGGAAGAAAAAAAAUAAAUUCAAACAUCAUAAUCAACUCCAAUAAAAUAAGAUUAAUAAUAAUAAUAAUAAUAAUAAUAAUAAUAAUAAUAAUAAUAAUAAUAAUAAUAAUAAUAAUAAUAAUAAUAAUAAUAAUAAUAAUAAUAAUAAUAAUAAUAAUAAUAAUAAUAAUAAUAAUAGUAAUAAUUUUAAUCUCCUAAUCACCAAAAUAAAUUAAAUUCAAAACCAUUUAGUAAUAUUAAAAAGUCUGUUGAUCAAUAACCUUCUGCAGAUUUAGGUCUCAGUAAUGUAAGUAAUUAAUAAAGCAAUACUACUGACGUUUAACCUGAAUAUACAGGUCCUUCUAGAAUGAUGAAGAUGAUGAGAAAACCAUAAUAAAAUUAAUAAGAGGAAGCUCCUUAAUUUAUAAUUCAUCCUUCUAAACCAGUUGAACAACCUAGAGAUCAUCAAAAUGAAAUCACUGAAUAAAAUAAUAAUAAACCCAUCGAACAACCUACUUAAUAGUCAUAACCUAAGCCUGUUGAAGAAUAUCAACCUACUUUUUAAAGCAGAAGAGGAGCCAAUAGACCGAGAGGAUUAGAUUAUAGUUCAAAUGAAUAAUAAUAAAAUUAGUAAACCGUAGAAUAGCCCAUCCAAAUUGAUUAGAAACAAGAUUAAACCCAACAAUCCGAGUAUCCUACCAGAAGAAGAAUGAGGGGUAGUUAAGAAGAGUAAUAAGAUAAUAACCUUAAUAAUAACCCUAAUAAUAAUCAUAAUAACAAUCUUUAUCAUCAUAACAAUAAUCCUUAUCCUCUUAAUAAUAAAGCUAUCAACCAUCUGAUGAUGGAAAUAGAUAAAGAAGAAUUAAAUUAUUUACUGAUGAAAAGCAACCUGAGGCUCCAAAAACUGAAGAACCUACUUAUGAGUUCUAACCAAAGCAAGAACCCAACAAAAUUGCAAGGCAGAAGAAAUAGAGGCAAUAACAAAUUAAAUAUUUGGGAAGAUUAGCCAGUUUAGAAAGAGAAUAUUGAAGAGAUUUAAGAAAUAAAGGACAUAAAAUAAAUCCCAGAAGUUCAGCAUAAAGAAGAGAGGGAAAAAACGUUGGAUGAAAUUUUGGGAGCUCCAAAACAAUAAGAAGAAUAUAGGCCGAAUCAACAAAGAAAAAAGUUUGAAAUUCCUAAAGAAGAUAAUGAGACUUAUGAACCUGGUUUUGGUGGGGGUGGUAAUAAAAGAGGGGCAGGAGGUCAAUAAAAAAUUGACAAGGAAAAGGAAUUGGCUUAGAAAGCCGCUAAAGGGGACCUAUUAGAUGAUUUUGACUUUUGA